AGACUCCCCCUUGUGCUAUUUUAAACCAUUCGAAUACCAAGAAAGUGGAGAAAAGUAGAAAAAGAAAACCCAAAGCCACCAAACAAAAAUCAUCGAAAUCUUCUCCUUUCAGUCCCAACCUCAAAUCAAAAUAAAAUUACAUAUAUUACUACAUACACUAUAUAAAAAAAGGACAAGCGUGACAUCCACUCUGAUAAAAUCUCUUUCUUUUUUUCUUUCUGUUUUUGAAAACCGAGUCUCUGUGUAUAGUACUACUACUCCUAUAGCUUUUCUUCACACAAUCAGACAAACAAAGAGUGAGAUAGAGAUAAGAACAAUGAAAAUGUACAUGAUGAAAAACCUCUGUUUCCCUCUCUGUUUUGUAUAAUGAGCCUUAAAGAACAGAUUUUUUUUUAGAAGGAUGGCAAUAGAACACAGUGAGCAUCAAGAAGCGUCUCAAUCUUUCCUUUUAGAUGCACUUUACUGUGAAGAACAAGAAGAAAAAUGGGGUGAUUUGUUAGAUGAUGAUGAUGAUGAAGAAAAAUCUAGUUCUUUAAUGCCUUUGCUUCUAUUAGAACAAGAUUUGUUUUGGGAAGAUGAAGAGUUACUUUCACUUUUUUCUAAAGAAAAAGAAACCCAAUGUUGCUUUGAAAGUUUACAAAAUGACCCUUUUCUUUGUUCUGCUCGUGUAGAUGCUGUUGGAUGGAUUUUAAAUGUGAAUGCUCAUUAUGGUUUCUCUGCAUUGACUGCCAUUUUAGCCAUUAAUUACCUAAACAGGUUUCUUUCAAGCCUUCAGUAUCAGAAAGAUAAACCAUGGAUGAUUCAACUUGCUGCUGUUACUUGUCUUUCUUUAGCUGCUAAAGUUGAAGAAACUCAAGUUCCCCUUCUUUUAGACUUCCAAGUUGAGGAUGCAAAAUAUGUGUUUCAAGCAAAGACAAUUCAAAGAAUGGAGCUUUUGAUUUUGUCUUCACUAAAGUGGAGAAUGAAUCCAGUGACCCCACUUUCAUUUCUUGAUCAUAUUAUAAGGAGGCUUGGGUUAAAGAACAAUGCUCACUGGAUAUUUCUUAGAAGAUGUGAAAGUUUACUUCUCUCUGUCAUGGCUGAUUGUAGAUUCGUACGUUAUAUGCCUUCUGUAUUGGCCACUGCAAUUAUGCUUCACGUUAUUCAUCAAGUUGAGCCUUGCAAUGCUGUUGACUACCAAAAUCAACUUCUUGGGGUUCUCAAAAUUAGCAAGGAGAAGGUGAAUAAUUGCUUUGAACUCAUUUCUGAAGUGAACUCUAAGCCUAUUAUUUCACACAAGCGCAAAUAUGAUGAAAAUCCAACAAGUCCAAGUGAUGUAAUUGAUCCAUUUUACAGUUCAGAGAGCUCAAAUGAUUCAUGGGGCUUGGAUUCUUUUUCUUCAUAUUUGCCUGUGUUCAAGAAAAGCAGAGUCCAAGAACAACAGAUGAAAUUGGGAUCAUCAUUGAGCAGAGUUUUUGUGGAAGCUGUUAGUAGCCCUCAUUAAAUAUCAAUGACCUUAUUAUCUCUUCUUUGUUGCCAGUAAUAUUUUAUUCAUAUUCAGAAGUAUUUCCUUUUAUGUCAUUUUCAAAAUUUACAUGAAAAAAAAAAGGAAAAAAAAGAAGGGCUUAGCUGGUGGUGGUUGCAGUUGGCAGAGAAGAGGACUGGCUUUUUUGGCAACAGUGUAAGCUAAUACUGGAAAGCCAGAGAGAAAGAGAGGAGUUGAGGGGAAAAGACAGAAUAUCUGCGCACUUUGUUUUUCUCUCUAUUCAUGUCAAAAUUUCUAUCUUAUGUGGACA